AUGUGGACCGAGGUGGCCAGUGGUGUCAUUCUUGGCCUGACCGUGGCUGGACUCUUGUACCUGCGCGAGAUUUUUACCGUGCCCGAUUACAAGCGCGAGCGCAUUGACGUCUCCCCCGGCAACCCCAAGGACGUGGUUCAUCUCUAUGUAUUCCCGCCGACCUGCCCACGUCCACUGCUCAACUCGAGCAAUGCCUGCGCUCGCCUUCUCAUGUUUCUCGAUCUCUGCCAAAUUCCGCAUGAAGUUCACACGACGGCCGACGUGUCGACGGCGCCCAAAGGCAAGCUGCCCUACAUCAAGCACGGUGACCGGGUGCUGCCCGACUCAAAGUAUAUCCUCAAGUAUCUUCUGGCCACCUAUGGCACUGGCAAGCCCAUGCUCGGCCGUUUGCAGAUUCAACUGGACGAGGAUGAGCAACUGCGUCACAUGCUCCUGGACAGCCUGGUCGAUCAAUCCUUGUAUCACGACGCGCUCUACUCACGCUGGUUGAAUCCUUCCAUUUCGGAGCGCAACGCCUUUCGCGACGCGGCUUUGGCCAGUGUACCACCGCUGCUGCGUGCCCCGCUUUUCCGUAUGAUUUGCGCCGGCAUGGCCCGCUGGCUUUGGGGCUAUGGUUUGCUGCGCUACUCCCACGAAGACAUUGCUGAAAUGGCCAUCGAGCACAUUGAUGCAGCCGAAGCCAUGUUGCGCAACCGCACCUACGUUCAUGGCGAAACGCCUUCCAUCUCCGACUGUUGGCUCUUUCCCGCUGUAAACGGCUUUCUUCAUGUCCGCUUUGAUAGCCUGGGCGUUCGCCAGCACCUGAUUGAUGCCUGCCCAAACCUCAUGCACUAUCACAACAACCUGGCCAAGCUCCUCGAACUGCAUGAGAAUUAG